GACUACAUGUUGCAUCUGAAGCUGAAUAAAUGUUUUCAGCAGUGUAAUUAUGAGUAAAACGUACGUACAUUGUCACAACAAGCUACUCACCACGGAGAAAUAACGCUAACUGCGACAUGAACUCAAGGCGAUUCCCACCCGGGGACCACCCACACACUGCAGCAGUCUGCAAGGAGAGGGAGUUGAAGCUGAGGUGGGAGGAGGACGCCAUUGCAGCCGCAGCUGGCCGUCUGUGAGACAAACGUUAUCAAACUUCACAAUGUCGGGGGGCUUUUGAGACACUUUAUUCAGACUCAGCCCCCUGUUACUGGGUUAUAGUGUGGACACGGACGAGUAGGAUGGACGGUUGGCCUUUGACGGGGGGAAAAUGUGGAGCCACAGCGCCGAGCCGAAGCAGUCUCCAACCAUUCCUUCACCUGUCUGGUGGCCCAGCCUCUCACCAUGAACAUCAGUAGGAACUGCACCACAGCGGGGAAUGGUGAGGGCCUGGCUGCCCUGGAGUCAGUCUCCAUUGUGACCAUCACGCUCCUCGCCUGCCUCGGAAACCUCCUGAUAGUGGUGACCCUCUAUCGCAGGCCUUAUCUGCUCACGCCCAGCAACAAGUUUGUGUUCAGCCUGACCCUGUCCAACCUGCUGCUGUCCGUGCUGGUAUUGCCGUUCGUGGCUGUGAGCUCGGCAAAGAGGGAGUGGGUGUUUGGGGUGGUGUGGUGUAACUUCACCGCCCUGCUCUACCUGCUCAUCAGCUCUGCCAGCAUGCUCACCCUUGGUGCUAUUGCCAUUGACAGGUACUACGCAGUGCUUUACCCAAUGAUCUACCCCAUGAAGAUCACAGGAAACCGGGCGGUGGUUGUCAUCGCCUAUGUGUGGCUGCACUCCCUGGUGGGCAGUCUGCCUCCUCUUUUCGGCUGGUCCUCCUUUGAGUUUGACUGCUUCAAGUGGACCUGUGUUGCAUCUUGGCACAGAGAGCCGAGCUACACCGCCUUCUGGGUCACCUGGUGCAUCCUCCCCCCCUUGUUCAUCAUGCUGGCUUGUUAUGGUGUAAUUUUCCGUGUUGCCCGUAUGAAAGCCAGGAAAGUACACUGUGGGACAGUUGUUGUGGCCCAGGAUGACUCCACUGGAGCUCAGAGGAAUGGACGCAAAAACUCAAGCACCUCAACUUCCUCUAAUGGUAGCCGGCGGAGCCUGGUGUAUGCAGGGAGCCAGUGCAAGGCUUUUGUAACCAUCUUAGUGGUGAUCGGCACCUUCCUCAUGACCUGGGGGCCGUAUGUUGGGGUGGUGUGCACGGAAGCUUUGUGGGGACAAGGGAGUGUGUCUCAGGGACUGGAGACUUUGGUAGCAUGGCUGUCGUUCUGCAGCGCGGUGUGUCACCCUCUCAUCUAUGGUCUGUGGAAUAAGACGGUGAGGAAGGAGCUGCUGGGGAUGUGUUUCGGAGAUCGCUAUUAUAGAGAGUCGUUUGCCACGCGGCAAAGGACGUCCCGCCUCUUCAGCAUCUCCAACAGAAUCACAGAUUUGGGUAUGUCCCCACACCUGACAGCCAUGCUGGCUGGUGGAGGGCAUCUGCUGGCCCCAGGGAGCAGCACAGGAGAUACUGGCUUCAGUUUCACUCAGGACUCAUGCACAGACGUGAUGUUGCUGGACAACUUCUCCACAGAUGGCUCGUCAUACCCACAGAACCACGGGAAUCUGACUGGAAAGAGGAGGAGCUCUGUCACCUUUGAAGACCAGGUGGAGCAAGCUAAAGCUGAAAACACCAACACAUCCUCAGUUCAGGUCCAUGCAGAGGUGCACAAAUCUCUCGAUACCUUCGCUUCCUGUCUGGCGAAGGCUAUAGAGAGCGACGCUAAGCUAACCCUGUUUGGGGAGGGUCUGGCUCUGCCAGGGGGACUGUUUACAACCAGGGCAGCACCAAGACCCAGAUACCUGGACGGUCAGAGACUGAGGCUUGAAAGUAUCGAUGAAGGGAUUGUUAAAGAUGACAGAGAUGAUGAAGACGAAGAGCAGGACAUGGAGGAAAAACCGGCCUGAGCACAGCAGGUCUGUUCAUUUGUCGAACAUGUUAAAUAUACCAUACUCAGUUUAUCAGUGAACUGCAAGGGUCUCACACCCUCAACACCACUAUAUGUGACCAUCCGGAGCGGUCUGUGGUGCAGUUCAUGAAGUCUGAUCUCUCUACACAUGGGUACUCCAUACUUGAAAUUAUUAGGAAACAGGAAGAGGCACAUUUUUCCUUCCACUGUGUUGGACCAAGUGCACACCACCAGUGUCUUUGCAAGCCUUUGUAUGGAUUCAUGUAAUCAAAUAGGAAGCCUUAACUACUGUAACCUAAGUGAUGGAUUGUUGUAGCGAUGUGUUUACUCUAUUUUAUAUGACAGAAGAUUCUAGCUUCCAAAAGACUCAUAACACUGUUAUCAGAUUACUUUAAUAUUUCGCUUUUAUUGUGAUUAGAAAAGUAAGUUUCAAGCCUGAUCCUCUCUUAUUCAGGUACAGAGAAAGAGCCAGUUUGUGCUUAUACUGGUCCACAUACACAGGUGUUUCCACUUCACUGUGCCUGCAGAGUUGGACCUGUGAUAGUUAAGUACUGUGCCUUGACAAUUUAACACCAUAUUCAUUACUUAAGGUGUUAUUUACCUUGAAUGACAGGCUUCGGCUGUUGUGAGGCGUCCAUAUUUUUUCGUUUCUCAGACACUUAUGUGAUAUUAAAGGGAUUGUUUGGGUCUUUUGAAGUGGGGUUGUAUGAGGCACUUAUCCACAGUGUUAGGGUUGCAGCAAUAUCCUGGUUUUAAGGUAUACCGUGAUACAAAAGGUGACUCUUAUCAUACCAUGUAUAUUUGCUUAUCUACAAUACUAAAAAUAUAAAUUCCGUAAUACCAUGAUACCAAGAAACCAUGAUAUUUUCUGAGAUGUUAUCGUACAGUGAAGAUCUCAUACCGUUGCAACCCUAGACAGUGUGUAUUACAUACAGUAGAUGUCAGUUGGCACACACCCAGUUUAAAGAAGUAGACAGGACAACUGUCACUGAAGUAAAGCAAAGUACUGCUAUGGAGGAGUUACCCUAAAAACUCCAUAUCAGUAUAAGUGCACGUUAUAUUUAGAAUAUUUUCUAAAGCUAAAGUAGUUCAAUCGAUCUACUCAAAGCCGAAAUCCGUUAAGAAGGACUGUGAUUUAAUGUCGCUGAACACAGGAGCUGCUGGUCAGCCAGCUGCUCCUGUGUUCAGCGAGCCCAAAUUACUCUUUUUGUCAAUGGAGUCUGGCUGGAGUCUGGAGAGCAUAGAUGGGGAACUGAAGCUUUUAACGGCUUCCCUGUUUGAGCAGGCUAACAGAAAGGUAAAGCAGUGAAAUUAUUCUAAAAAUACCGUACACUUAAACUGAUAUUGGGUUUUUUAGUGGGACUUUUUUAGGUGGCUAAAAACGGUAUAGCUGCUGGUUCCCUCCACAGCAGUAGAUUGCUUAGCGUCCGUGUCGGCACACAUUACUGUAAGUACUGCACAGACUAUGGAUAAGUAACUCAAAUGACACAAAUUAAAAAAAAAUAAAAAAUCAGAACUUUCUCUUAAAAUGCCAAGUCACAUUUAUCACAAAAAUCUGAGUUUUCGAUCAUAAUUACAACUCGGUUUUUGAAGUGAACUCUAUUUACAAGUUUGACCCCACAAUGAAUACUUUGGUAUGACAUGUAAGGAGAGGUCUGAUCGGCCAGAAUCAGUAAAAACACCUGUGCAGGACCUUUAAUGCAAUAAAGCACAUUUUUAAGGGGGCAGGUAACAGUGUUGUAAGUCUUUUGGGUGAUAGGAGUUACAGAUUUUCUGUUCAGACAAGAUAGAUUUGUGUUUUCAAAGCAGAAGGUUGUCUUCUGACACUGCAUGUUGUUUACAUUUAGACAACUUGUGUUAUAAUUCUGACUGAUGAUCACAUUGCACAGCAGCGUGGUAAUGAGAGGGAAGACACUCUUGAUAUGUUAGAAAUCUUUCUGAAGAAUUUUGAUGAGGAAAAAACCUUUUUUCACAGGAGACAUUUUGACAGGUCACAGGAGAAAAGAAAUCAACAAUGUCUGAAUCCUGUUUAGCUCCUUCAGUUUCUAGGUCCUGGCUUUGUGCAUGGUGGCUCACUGUCAGGAUUCACAGAGCCAUCAUUAAUGUUAUUAGUGACACCUUUUCUUUUCCUACUAUGACGAGUCAAAAUGUGCUGUGAAAAAAGCCUAUUCAUGUGGACUGAAAACACAAAGUUACCUGAAGGUGUCGACUGAUGUCCUGUUCAAGGGUUACUGACGAAAACCAAACCAUGACCCUCAACAGUCCCUCCAGGAUUUUGCAAGCUGGUUUUGGGGGAAGUGAAAAUUGUAUGGUUGUGAUGCUGUCACAGAUUCAAAGCUUAUUAUUAUUAUUAUUAUUAUUAUUAUUAUUAUUAUUAUGAGCAUUUGGUGUUUCCCACAGUCAAUAGCAUCAGUAUCAACAGCUGGAAUCAAAGGGGAUUGGCUGUAUUUUAAUUGUUACGAUCGCAACAUCCUGGAGGGAUUGUCUGAAUAGGAAUUAAUGUGUAUAGGAAAUGUAUGGAUUUAAAGAGUUAAUUGUGUAAUUAAUCAUAAGAAAACCUCAAAUUAUAGUGAUACAGUUUGUCUAUGUAUCAACCAACUCUGAGCUUCAUCAUACGAACAUGUGUUUGAUUAGGUACGUGCACAGCGAGUAGGAUCAGAGACGGUCUUGACAUUUCAUGAUUAUCUGCUACAGUAAUUGCACUUGAACAUGCACGUUGUGCUUGUUCUCAUAGAAACCACUUUAACUGUGUGUCAGAGACGGCGACUAGUACUGUUUGGUCAGUAUUGCAUAUCGUAUGUAGGAAAGACGACAUUAAGUAUCAAUUAGAUGGGCUAAGGAGUAAAUGAAGUCCAAAAUAAGGUCAUUUGGAGACUGACUGUUAUCAGUGUUUAAAACAUUGUUAUAUUAAUGAAAUUGCUUUAGGAAAAGCCUUCAUUUCUGAAUAUUGUGCACAUAUUGAGCAGUGCAAGACGUUCAUGUUUGUUGCUAUAUUGGUCUUCAAAAGUCAAAGAUGAAGAUUGUCUUAAUCUACAACAGUGUGUCUUAGUAAAUACUCUUUGGUACAUGUGGUUUACCUCAGUUUACACACUCCACCGCUCCCUUUACUGUUGUUAAAGAAACUCAGAGAGGACUUUUGUACUAAGUAGAGCGCUUCAGUCUUACCUCAUAUCUUCAUAUUAUGUGUGAACGGUACUAUACACAUGAGAAGUGAUGUAACCUUUUGAUUUUCACUAUACAGUAAGUAUUAAUUCAAAUAUUUGCAUUAAAGUUUUGUAUCAAGA